GGAAAUUUAGUUUAUUUCCAUCACAACUCUGGGAAGCCCCUAACUCGCAUUUGUUUUGCUUAUCACUAGAGAAGCGAGCCUCAAGAAACCACAAAAACAACUUUGCCUCUUCGGUAACGCGCACGCGCCCCUCGCUCUGUUUGCCGUUGGCCUUAAACCCCGCCCCUUGUGCGUCCUUCGAGGAGGGUUGCGAGCGGUGAGCUCGCGCGACCACUCUUCCCUCAGUCUUCUUGAGCACAUCGUCGCAAACGGGGCCGGAAAGCGUGGCAGCGCAGGCGCAAGCGCAGAGAGCGGAGGCGGCGGUGGUGGCGGCCGCUGGCCAGUGUAAGAUGGCGGCGGCGUCGGUGGUGGCAGUGGACGGGGCGGCUGGGCCUGGAACAGUCGGAGCAGCCGCUAGCAGAAGGAUGACCCAAGACGGGAAGCGGGCUGCUGAGCCUCGCCGAUUCCCGUGCUUGUAACUGCCCUAGCCGGACACCCUCCCUUGACCUACCCGGUCUGUGUCUCAUUCCGGCUCGGCCUGCCUCCCAGCUCCUCAGCCGGUUUCCCCUAAGGAUGGGCCUGACCCCUUUCCCAAGCUCCUAGCGCUCAGGUCUUUUCCUUCCGCUGACCCGAAGUCAUCGCCGGGAGUACUGGUUGUCUUUUCCUCAGUCCUUCAGUGAAUCUGCAGACCUAUUUUCUCAGGAGCUCAGCCUGGCCUUACUUCAGUGAUAAAAGGAGGAAAGCGCUCUGGAAAGCUACUAUAGGGUUUACCUCUAAUGGUAGCCAAGUGACUGUAUUCCUCUCGUGUACUUUAAUCAUUGCCACAUUACCAGGCUGGCUACAGCAAACAUCAUUCAAGAUGUCCAGCAAAGGGAGCAGCACAGAUGGCAGAACAGACUUAGCUAAUGGAAGCCUGUCUAGCAGUCCAGAGGAGAUGUCUGGAACUGAAGAGGGGAGGGAGACAUCCUCAGGCAUUGAAGUGGAGGCCUCAGACCUGAGUUUGAGUUUGACUGGGGAUGAUGGUGGCCCCAACCGCACCAGCACAGAAAGUCGAGGCACAGACACAGAGAGCUCAGGUGAAGAUAAGGACUCUGACAGCAUGGAGGACACUGGUCAUUACUCCAUUAAUGAAGAAAAUCGAGUCCAUGACCGCUCAGAGGAAGAGGAAGAGGAGGAAGAGGAGGAAGAAGAGCAGCCUCGGCGCCGUGUACAGCGCAAACGGGCUAACCGUGACCAGGACUCAUCAGAUGAUGAGCGGGCCCUAGAAGACUGGGUGUCCUCAGAAACAUCAGCUCUACCCCGACCUCGCUGGCAAGCCCUUCCUGCCCUUCGGGAACGGGAGCUGGGUUCAAGUGCUCGCUUUGUCUAUGAGGCCUGUGGGGCAAGAGUCUUUGUGCAGCGUUUCCGCCUGCAGCAUGGGCUUGAGGGCCAUACUGGUUGUGUCAAUACCCUGCACUUUAACCAGCGCGGCACCUGGCUGGCCAGUGGCAGCGAUGACCUGAAGGUGGUGGUGUGGGAUUGGGUGCGGCGGCAGCCAGUACUGGACUUUGAGAGUGGCCACAAAAGUAAUGUGUUCCAGGCCAAGUUUCUUCCUAAUAGUGGUGAUUCCACUCUGGCCAUGUGUGCCCGUGACGGGCAGGUUCGGGUAGCAGAACUAUCUGCCACACAGUGUUGCAAGAAUACGAAACGUGUGGCCCAGCACAAGGGAGCGUCUCACAAGUUGGCUCUGGAACCAGAUUCUCCCUGUACAUUCUUAUCUGCAGGUGAAGAUGCAGUUGUAUUCACCAUUGACCUGAGACAAGACCGCCCAGCUUCGAAACUGGUGGUGACAAAAGAGAAAGAGAAGAAAGUGGGGCUGUAUACAAUCUAUGUGAAUCCUGCCAAUACCCACCAGUUUGCAGUGGGCGGACGAGAUCAAUUUGUAAGGAUUUAUGACCAGAGGAAAAUUGAUGAGAAUGAGAACAAUGGAGUACUUAAGAAGUUCUGCCCUCAUCACCUGGUGAACAGUGAGUCCAAAGCAAACAUCACCUGUCUUGUGUACAGCCACGACGGCACAGAGCUCCUGGCCAGUUACAAUGAUGAAGACAUUUACCUCUUCAACUCCUCUCACAGUGAUGGGGCCCAGUAUGUUAAGAGAUAUAAGGGCCACAGAAAUAAUGCCACAGUAAAAGGCGUCAAUUUCUAUGGCCCCAAGAGUGAGUUUGUGGUGAGCGGUAGUGACUGUGGGCACAUCUUCCUCUGGGAGAAAUCAUCCUGCCAGAUUAUUCAGUUCAUGGAGGGGGACAAGGGAGGCGUGGUAAACUGUCUUGAGCCCCACCCUCACCUGCCUGUGUUGGCGACCAGUGGCCUAGACCAUGAUGUGAAGAUCUGGGCACCCACAGCUGAAGCUUCCACUGAGCUGACAGGGUUAAAAGAUGUGAUUAAGAAGAACAAGCGGGAUCGGGAUGAAGAGAGCUUGCACCACACUGACCUGUUUGAUAGUCACAUGCUGUGGUUCCUCAUGCAUCACCUGAGACAGAGACGCCACCACCGGCGCUGGCGAGAACCUGGGGUUGGGGCCACAGACGCGGACUCUGAUGAGUCUCCCAGCUCCUCAGACACAUCGGACGAGGAGGAGGGCCCUGACCGAGUGCAAUGCAUGCCAUCUUGAGGCCUCAUACCUAGGUGGGGCGGGCUGGGGCUGCCAACCCGAUCCUGCCUGGGCAGCCCUUUCCUGUCCCAGGCCCUACAUUCAGCAGAAACGCACUUUGGACUUUUUGCUUUAGAUAAAAGAAAGACGUCCCAGGAGAAAGGACAAACCAGAGGAGUGAACCAACACAGAGUACCUAGGAAUGGGAGUUGAGCCCUGGUAUGGGCCUUCAUGGAGAGGUGCAUAGGACUCAGCAGAAAUGGCCUCUCCCCAAAGCCUCUUUUUGAGAGGAGAGGGAAGCCUAUUUUGUUAACUGGUUUGGGAUAGGGAAUGGGGUUUCUUUUUCUUUAAUCUCCCUUGUUUCUUGGGCAGGGGGGGUGGGGGGAACAAUUGGCUAUUCAGUACCAAGGGGCCAGAGUGGAGGGUAGGAGUGCCACUCUCUCUUUGGUUUAGGUUUUUGACCUUUUCUUGUUUUUUUUUUAAGUCUAUGACAGUUGGGUUUUUUUCUCCCCCUCAGCAACCCCAUCCCAGGAUCCUAUUUUUCUGGGAAGUCCUUAAAGCCCCUAACCAUCCCACACUCUUCACUUUCCCUUCCACCUCAUUCAUUCUCUGUACUUAUCACAGUGUUUUGCACUUGAUUACAUAUCCUUCACUCUCUUCUCUUCAUCCCGUCACCCCUUAAACAGGUCAGGUGAAGGAGAUUGGGGAGAGGUGGGAGGAGGGGCAGAAUCGAAGGAAGAAUAGGAAGGAUGUUACCUCUUCUGUUAUUUUUUUAAAAAAUAUUGUUUGUUGGCAGCAAUCUCCCUGUCCCUAUCACUGUUAGAGGCCUAAUUUUAUAUCUAUAAAUAUAUUAAAAAGCAAGUCAAACUUGGAUGUAUCAAGGUAAAAUUAUUGUCAAAGUUUAAAUACCUAUAUAUUCUCUAUGAAUACAAUAAAGGGACUUGAAGAGUGAA